AUGUUUUCAUUUCUUUCCAACUAUUAUCCGUUUUACAAGCCAACAACAACCGAGAUGGUUCAAACAAGGGAUCAACCAAUGGUCGUCCUUCAAAAAGAUCAAGAUCCAAACCAUACUUUAGAAAUCCAAAAAUCGGAUCAACAUCGAUGCAUACUCACAGAUUUUCAUACUCAUUCCACUCCGGAACCUUCUUCUAAUUGGAAUCACCAAUUAUUUCAAAAAUUGAAAAAUCGUAUGAUGAUGAUUAGAAUGAACCGAAAAAAGAAAGCAUUUUCAAUGAAUUUUGAAUUUGUACAAAGUUUGGAAUCCGAAGAGGAAGAUUUAGAUUCUGUUUUGCCGUGUGAUGUGAAAAUUUCAUAUACCCAUGCAUGUAUUUUUGUGGUGGAUUUUAAUAAUGGUUGCAUUCAAGUAUUUGAUUUAAAUUCCAAACAAUUCCAAAUGAGUGUUAAAUCAUCUCAGAGGCCAACUUGUUUGUGUGUCGAAGAAAAUUAUUUGAAGUAUUCCCAUCGAAAUCAAUCCUCCUCACAACAACAACAUGUUGACACUCGACAGCAUUCGUGUGCUGCUGCGGAUUCAAGAGAUGCUAUUAUAUUAGGAUGUUACGGAGGAAAUCUUUACAAAUAUGAUGCGAUACAUCUUUUAUGCAAAGAUGAAUAUGUGAAUCAUUCUCAGCAGUGUGAAACCAUGUCGGGAGACACACAUGAAAACACUCUAUGGAAAAUCGAAUAUGGUUUAACAAGUUCUACGAAACGACCAGGGAGUAUUGCCAUUAUACAAGAUUCCAACUCUGAGCACUUGUUAGUGGUGUGUGAAUUAAGGACGAUUGAAAUUCAUAAUUCCUCAACAGGACAACAUCUUCAAUCCUUUGAUUUUAGAAAUAAUGUCAUUUCUCCGUACGGACUCGCCAUCAUUUCAGAAUGGAAUGGAUUAAUAGUGAGUGAAAGAAGUCCACUCCAUAAAAUUCAAAUACUUCGUAUUGACCAUGAUGAGAUUGAAGAAGAACAAAUUCCAAAAUUGAAUCUUGUACAAUCGAUAGGAACUUUUGGUUACGAGCAAGGAUUAUUGAAUUAUCCAGGAAGUUUGAUUUUCGACUCGACUUCAAAACACAUUCUAGUUGCAAAUGAAGAAAAUUUAAGAAUUGAAGUAUUCACUCAAUUUGGAAAAUUUGUGAAAAGCUUUAGUUGUGGAUUUAUGGCAUCUGGUAUUUGUUUGAAUGAAUGGACAGGAGAAUUACUCAUUGGAGAUCCGAUGAGUGGACUUGUCAGAAUUUUCAAAUAG